AUGAAGCUGUUCGGUACCGCCGUGGUUGGUCUGGCAAUGGUCACCAGUUGUGUGGUUGGAGGACCGAUUGCAAGCAUUUCUCCAGUUGGUACCAAUGUAGCCAGCGAGCUGGAGGAAAGUGGCGGAAACUAUGAAGGUGAUAUAAUUCUCUCACCCGAACAAGAGGACGCAGUCAAACACGGAUACACAGCCAUCAUCGCCGAGUCUUACAAGUGGCCUAAUAAUCUCGUGCCGUACGCGAUCGACACCACGGCAUUCACGGCCGCUCAACGAAACAGUAUCGUCUCAGCUCUCGAGCAGAUUGAACUGGUAAGCUGUGUCCGGUUUAAGGCCCGUACCACGGAAAAGGACUACGUUAUGGUCACGGGAGCGUACACGGGAUGCUCGGCUCAAUUGGGACACCAGGGUGGUGGCAUGCAAACGGUCAACUUGCAACCGAAUGGCUGCAUGUCUCGCGGGACCAUCAUCCACGAGUUCCUGCACGCGCUGGGCUUCGUCCACAUGCAGAGUGCAACGGAUCGCGAGUUCUUUAUUACUGUCAACUGGUCCAACAUAUCGGCGGGCAAGUCGUCUAACUUCAAUUAUCUCAGUUCCGACAAGAUCGAAGACUUUGGCAUCCCGUACGACUACGACAGCGUUAUGCACUACUCAAGGACCGCCUUCAGUGCCAACGGGCUGGACACGAUCACUCCGAAACAGCCGGGUGUUACUAUUGGCCAACGUGUCGGGUUAAGCUACAAGGACAUCAAGCGACUCAAUUUCCGCUAUCCGAUUUGCUAUAAAACGACCGGCAAAGGAAGUCGCGAGCAGAGCGGAAGUGGUAGUUUGCUAAUUUUGAUCACGUAUCCGGCGCACAACACAAAUCAAACCCAAUCCGAAUCCGGGCCGCUGGUUCCGUUGAUUAACGCGAUCCAGGGACGCUGCAGCCUGCAAAUCCCGGAACGCUAG